AAUGGCGGACAGCCUGAGUCACUGACAGGUCUGACAGCAGACAGCUGGGUUUUAUUCUCCAUCCUCAGCUCUGCCUCUGCAGCCAACAUGGCCGAAUCCACUGGGAACGACAAGGCAGCGGUGCGCAUCGGAUAUAUAACCCGAGUCCAGAGCUUCAGCGCCUGCCACAGACUCCACAGUCUUCACCUGAGUGAUGAGGAGAAUAAAGAAGUUUACGGAAAGUGCAACAAUCCCUAUGGUCAUGGACACAACUACAAAGUGGAGGUGACUGUGCGUGGAAAAAUUGAUCCUGUAACCGGCAUGGUCAUGAACCUGACGGACCUAAAGAGGUGUAUUGAGGAAGUCAUCAUGAUUCCUUUGGACCACAAGAACCUGGAUAAAGAUGUUCCCUAUUUUGCCAAUGUAGUCAGCACGACAGAAAACCUUGCCGUUUAUAUCUGGGAUAACAUGGUGAAGGCUCUUCCCGCCAACCUGCUCUACGAGAUCCGGAUUCAUGAGACGGAUAAGAACAUUGUUAUAUAUCGAGGGGAAUAGACAGCGCUGACUGAUGCAAAGCUUAGCACUGUUGUUGUGACUCUUACAUUCCAAAUAUUCAACAAUUUUUGAUAAAGUUUUAUUUUUACAAAGUGAUCACUGAGAUGAACAACCUCACUGCUUUAUGGAAGUGUCUUUCUAACCAGAAAGUCUGAUCUACAUAUAAAUAACUGUAAUUCAUUUAGAAUGGGCAGCUAAUACUUUUAUUGUAAACAUUC